UCUCUCUCUCAACCUUAAGCCCUCAACGGCAUCGGUUUCCAAUCCAUCAACUGGAGGCAGGUACACCAGCAAAUGGAAAUUUGCACAUACAUUGGUGCCGACUUACUGGAGGCGGCAGAAAAUGGCAAACUUGAUCCAUUCAAAAAUUAUGGGGCACCUCUUGAUAGCCUACUGUCCCCAAAUAAAAACACAAUAUUGCAUAUCUACCUUAGCACUCUAGGUGAAAGAUCCACCGAGUUUAUAGAGGAAAUACUUGAAAUUUUUCCGCCGCUGUUAUUGAAGGUCAAUGUCCACGGUGAUACUCCGUUGCACAUUGCAGCAAGGUAUGGGCAUGCUGAUGCGGCAAAAGUGCUAAUCAAACAGGCAAAGGGCUCACCACGUGAAAGCGGAGAAGGGCCAAGAGAGAGGGAAAUGAAAGCAGUAAGGAAGAUGUUAAGGAUGACAAAUAAAAAUAAAGAAACGGCCUUGCAUGAGGCGGCACGAAAUGAAAGAAGUCUGGGUGUUGUGGAAGCAAUAAUGAUUCAUGAAGAUCCAAAUGAAUUUAAAUAUUCUGCCAAUAAUCGUGGGGAAUCUCCUCUUUACCUAGCUGUUAAAAGUAGAAAUGUGGAGAUAGCUUUUGAACUAUUGCGUCAUCCCAAUUCACAAUUACUGGCUUAUGGAGGUCCCACUGGUAAAACGGCAUUACAUGAGGCAACAAUGUUGGACUUCGGAGAUCAGGACUUCAAAGACGAAGGGAAGAGAAAGAAGCUAUUGGAGAAAUACAGAUCCAUGGCCAAAGAUAAGGACCAAAAAGAACGGACUGAACAUUACUCUGGAUAUACUGUGUAUAUGAUGAUAGACCAGCUAUUGGAGAAAUGGAGUAACUUGGCCAAAGAAACAGAUGAAAAAGGAUGGACUCCACUUCACUAUGCUGCGUACACAAGAAAUUGGUUAGCGGUCCAAGUGCUAUUAAAUAAGGAUAAAUCUACUGCUUACAUCUCCGAUAAAUAUUGGAAGAGGACUGCUCUUCACAUUGCAGCCUGUCGAGGCUUCCAAUGCGAAAUGGAAUUGAUUAUUUCUGAAUGCCCAGAUUACUGCGAACUCACUGACAGUAGAGGCUGGAAUGUCAUUCAUUAUGCAGUGAUCAGUAAAAAUGAUGAAGUGCUAAAAGCAGUGCUCCAAUAUUCAUCAUUGAUUUAUCUUUUAUAUGGAGAAGAUGUUAAAGGAAAUACGCCUGUCCAUCUAUACAAGACUUAUCAUUCUCGUUUGCCUUCUUUCAUAAAAAAUGCACAUGAAGACAAUGAUAUGUUCAAACAUUGGAGAACAUUGCACGAUCAAAUUCAAAUGGAAGGAGACUUUAAGUACUGA